AUGAAAAAGGCCCUCAAAAGUGGUUUUACACUUCUCGGGGUGAUCAGUGCUUUCAUUGUGCUUCUUCUGUUUUGUGUGCCCCAGACAAAACUGAUGAGCCGAGGAGGCCGCAGGAGGGCGAGAAGAUUGGGCAGACUUCUUGGUGGGUCUAAUAGAAUGCAGGAAAUCCAGAGCUCCAACAUAAACCACAGAGUACUGGAAGACGAACCAGAGUGGGAAGAGUGUAGCUAUAUAGGUAGCGACAGGGACGAGAUGGAUCACUAUUUUAACGAAAUGUGGACAAGACAAGAGUGGCUACGCCGAGGGAAAUACAGACCUAGAAAUUCGUAUGAUAUAUGCCCUUAUGGUUGCACAGAUGCUGACUUCCUAAAGGAGUUAUCUGAAUUGGAUAUCAAUUGGAGGCUUGGAAAUCUAGACAGUCACGUUAGCGUUAAGGAGAUGUUCAUUCUGUGGAGUAAUGUGCAUAGACAAGAAAGGAAGAAAUACAUUAACAUGCAAGAAAGAGCAAAGAACUUCUGCGAUGAUUUAGUCGAGACCUUUGAUAUUCCAGAGAAUGUUAGGAUCAGAGUUUGGAUGCACGUGCACAGAUGUAUGACUUCUGUUUUUCUUCGAUUUGAAAGAAGGCACCAUAAACAUUUUUUGUGUUUUCUGAAUCAUGGCCCAUCUUCUAAGAUUCGAUUCCUUAGAUAUAUAGAUCGAACCAGAAGGGUGUGGAACAAGCGCAGGAUGGAAAUAGACAACUACUGGCGCAGCAAGAUGGUUAACUUUUUUAGGACGUACUCGAGCAGGCGCUUUAGUCGGCCCUACCCCAGGGCGGGGGCACAUCGCGGGGGUGCUAGGGAGUAUGAUAAUAGGAGUAUCAGACAACAAGACAGGUUGUAUGUGGGCCUGUACGACAGAAGAAAUGAUGGAUUGUACGGAAGUAGGGAUAGCAGUCUGUACGGAAGGAGGGACAGCGUUAGAUACAAGAGUAGGGAUAGCGUUGGAUACAAGAGUAGGGAUAGCGUGAGGUACGAGAUUACGGAUGGAGGUGUGGAUGAGAGAAGGAAUGAACGUUUAGGCGAAAGCAGGAGUGCGAACUUCUAUGAAAGUAUGAAUGAGAGCAUUGAUGAGAGUAGAAGUGACGGUUUCUAUGACAGUAUGAAUGAGAGCCUUGAUGAUAGUAGAAGUGAAGGGUGGUAUGACAGUGUGAAUGAGAGCCUUGAUGAUAGUAGAAGUGAGGGGUGGUAUGACAGUGUGAAUGAGAGCCCUGAUGAUAGUAGAAGUGAGGGCUCGUGUGACAGUAUGAAUGAGGGGCUUGAUAACAGUAUAAAUGAUAGCUUGUAUGAUAGUAUGAAUGAGAGCCUUGAUGAUAGUAGAAGUGAGGGGUGGUAUGACAAUGUGAAUGAGAGCCUUGAUGAUAGUAGAAGCGAGGGGUGGUAUGACAGUGUGAAUGAGAGCCUUGAUGAUAGUAGAAGUGAGGGCUCGUGUGACAGUAUGAAUGAGGGGCUUGAUAACAGUAUAAGUGAUAGCUUGUAUGAUAGUAUGAAUGAGAGCCUUGAUGAGGGAAGGAAUGAAGCCCUGGACAGAGGCAUCAACGGGGGGAUGGAAGAAUUACGUGGUGAAGACAACGCGUAG